CCCAAACUAUUCUUUCUCAUUCUUGAAACUGAAUCUGAAGUUAAAGGCCAAGAGAAAAUGGCCCAUUAUCAUAACAACUAUAAAAAGAAUGAUGAAGUGGAGUUUGUCCGAACUGGCUAUGGGAAGGAUAUGGUAAAAGUUCUCUAUAUUCGGCGAGAUGGAAAAUAUCACACCAUUAAAGAAGUGGCAACUUCAGUGCAACUUACUCUGAGCUCCAAAAAAGAUUAUGUGGAUGGAGAUAAUUCAGACAUCAUCCCUACAGACACCAUCAAGAACACAGUUCAUGUCUUGGCCAAGUUCAAAGGAAUCAAAAGCAUAGAAACUUUUGCUGUGAAUAUCUGUGAACAUUUCCUUUCUUCUUUUAACCAUGUCACCAGAGCUCAAGUCUAUGUGGAAGAAGUCCCUUGGAAGCGUUUUGAAAAGAAUGGAGUUAAGCAUGUCCAUGCAUUUAUUCAUACGUCCACUGGGACGCACUUCUGUGAGGUUGAGCAGAUGAGGAGUGGACCUCCAGUCAUUCAUUCUGGAAUCAAGGACCUCAAGGUCUUGAAAACGACCCAAUCUGGAUUUGAAGGGUUCAUCAAGGACCAGUUCACCACCCUCCCCGAGGUGAAGGACCGGUGUUUUGCCACCCAAGUGUACUGCAAAUGGCGUUACCACGAGGGCAGAGACGUGGACUUUGAGUCGACCUGGGACACUGUUAGGGACAUCAUCCUGGAGAAAUUUGCUGGACCCUACGACAAAGGAGAGUACUCACCCUCUGUCCAGAAGACCCUCUAUGACAUCCAGGUGCUCUCCCUGAGCCAGGUUCCUGAGAUAGAAGAUAUGGAAAUCAGCCUGCCAAACAUUCACUACUUUAACAUAGACAUGUCCAAAAUGGGACUGAUCAACAAGGAAGAGGUCUUGCUACCGUUAGACAAUCCAUACGGCAAAAUUACUGGUACAGUCAAGAGGAAGCUGGCUUCAAAUCUGUGACAUUGUAGCCACCAGUGGGAGUCCAUUCUUAGCUGAGGAAUUCCUAAAGCCACUUGUGAUGCUGGAAAUCAGAGCAUGUAACCAUGCAAAUUUUCAACCUCCUGUGUUGAUUUAUAUUGUUCAUUUUCCUCUUGUAUGAAAGAAUUCUUCUACAUCUAGCUCAACGAGGUGUUUUGUGAUUAGUAAUUAUAACAUGCUUUGUGGGUACAGUUUAUUUCACAAAUGAUGAGCACUAUUGGAACAAUUAUAAAUCAAUAUUUCUUUUUAGUUGUCUUGUGCCUUUUUAUCUUAAAGAAGUUUUGGAAUCAAUUCACUAAGAAAAUAAUCAUGAAUUAUUGGAAGUGUGAUAUCAAUUAAUCGGUGCACAAGUUUAAGAAGCAAGCAGUUUUCAUCCUACUGAUGCUACAAUGUUGCUUCUGGAUAGGGCAGAGAAUGUAAUGACAAAAUCAUAUUUUGAAAUAUAUCACCAUUGUAACCUUAAUCAGACUGAAUAUUUGAAUUUUUAAAGAAUGCUCUAGUAUAUGUGUCAUUGGGAGUUUAUUUCUACUCUACAAGUACUUUUGUAAUCUUAAUGUAUUAGUUUUAUGACAUUUACAACCCUUAGAGAAUAUUUAGUACACAUUGGGGCACUGAAAAAUGUGUAAAUAAUUUUCUUUGAACAAUGCACUACUUUGGCACAGUCACAUUUAAUAAAUGCUACGUGAAUGUACUGAUGGAUGAAUAUACAUAUAGAAAGAAGACUGGAAACUAUAUAUAUGGAAAUAUCAGCAGUGAUGAUUUCGGGAUGGUGGGGUUAUUAGUGAGUGUUAUUUUUGGCCAUGUACUUUUCUGAAUCUUCCAAAUAUAAACAUUUAUUGCCUAUAUAAUCAGAUAAAUAAAUAUAAUUGAUGAUUUAAAGAUGCAUACAGA